AUGGGGCAACUGAUGGAGACCCUCCAAGCUGUGGCCAGGGGCCAAGAAGUCAUUGCUAGGAGUCAUGAGGAACUCCGCUUGGCCAAUCAGAGAGCUGCCGCUAAUACUCUUGUGCCUCCACCUGGCAACCCUCCAAUCCAGAUCCAUAUGGGACCGCUGGGAGGUGCACCCCCGCUUGGAGGAGGAGGUCCAGUGAACCCAAAUCCUGUCGUCCCCCCCGACUUCGAGGUGGACGAUCAGAAUGAUGCCUUCUACAACCCCAGGGAAGAAUCGGUCUAUGAUGCUUUUGGACCAACCAGUGCUAAAAUCGACAGAAAGUUCCGGGCUAUAGAGGAGAAAAUGAAGGUCAUGGAGGGACCCAGUGCCUUCGGCUUGGAUGCUGCUGAAAUGUGUUUGGUGCCGGACGUGCAAAUACCCGCCAAAUUCAAGGUGCCUACCUUUGAAAAAUAUCAAGGGGUCAACUGUCCCAAGACGCACAUCCGAGAAUACUGCAGGAAGAUGGUUGCGUACUCGAGAGAUGAGAAGUUACUCAUGCAUUUCUUCCAAGACAGCCUAAGUGGGGCUUCAUUGGAAUGGUACAUGCAACUGGAGAGUACAACUAUCCGGACGUGGAAGGAUCUGGCUGAGGCAUUCUUGAAACAUUACCAGUACAACACGGAUAUGGCUCCGAAUCGGACCCAACUCCAAAGCUUAACACAGAAAUCUGAGGAAUCUUUCAAGGAAUACGCCCAGCGCUGGAGAGAGCUGGAGGCUAGGGUUCAACCUCCACUCUUGGAGAAAGAGCUGAUUGAUAUGUUCAUGGGGACGCUCCAAGGACCCUAUUACGAGAAGAUGGUGGGGAGCACCUCGAUCGGAUUCUCUGAUAUGGUGGUCGCCGGAGAAAGAAUCGAGAGUGGGCUGAAAAGUGGGAAGAUAUCCAAUGUUGUUGGCCCGUCUAAUGGGGCAAAGAAACCAUAUGUCGGUUUUGCCAAGAAAAAAGAGGGCGAAACUAACAACACGUCAGUGGCCAGAGGGAGAGGCAGAGCACAUCGAGUCCCCUAUCAGCAGGUGGCUGCCGUAGCACCUGGCCCAUAUCAGCAGGUGGCCGCCAUGACACCCAAUCCGUAUCAGCAACCCUUCGAUGUGCCAAACGGUCAGAAUGUGGGGCCACCACCAAAUCAUUACCAACAACAGUAUGCUCCUCCACAACAGCAAUACUACCCGCCAGGACAGCAGAUGCUAAGGAAGCCCGAAAGGAAGUUUGAUCCUAUUCCAACCACUUACGCACGCAUGCUGCCAUAUUUGCUCAAAGGGUCGCUAGUGCAAUUAAGGGAACUAAAGCCUCCAACGGUGCUACCGCCUGGGUAUGACGCGAACGCUCACUGUGAGUUUCAUAUGGGAGCACCCGACCAUACAAUUGAAAACUGCAGAGCUUUGAAGCACAAGGUGCGGGAUUUGAUUGAUUCCAGAGUCAUUACAUUCACACCUAAUGGCCCUAACACCAAUAACAAUCCUAUGCCGCCACACGCCGGUCCCUCCGUGAGCGUGGUUAAGGAAGAAAAGAUGAUGAAGCAAUGCGUAGGGGAUAUAAGAACUCCGUUGGCUAUUGUCAAGGAGCAAUUACUAAUGAAUGAGGUACAUCCCGGAUGUGAUGCCAAAUGUGAAGGCUGCUUAAUGAAUCCCCAGGAAUGUGAAAGGUUGAAGGUCGAUAUCCAGAGAUUGAUUGAUCAGCAAGUAUUGAUAGUGGAACAGAUUCCCGGUAUUAAUGAGGUAGACAUGCUUGAAAUCUCGUAUGGUCCCGUAUGA